AUGGAAGCACUGCAACCGGCCCUGAUCGCGCGUCCAACCGCGCGAUGUCUGCCGAGCGCGGCGACGCUGGCGGCGUCUCUGCCGAAGAUUCACAUGUCACAUGAAGAGAAAGAACGAAUUCAGUCGAUACAACAUCAGUCCUUCCGACGACUCCAAGAAAACCACGUCAGAUGCGCUCAAAUCCUUCACGGCACAAUGCAAUGGCGCGCCGUGGAGUUCAUGGAUGCGAACGAAGAAUCAGCAUGCUUGAACCAACAAGAAGUCUUGCGACGGGACAUUAAAGCGUUGGAAAGUGCGAAUGCCAAGCUCGUGGCCGCCCACAAGGCGGCAACCGCGGCCUCAGCCGAUCGUCGGUCCAAGCGACCUCGCGAACCCGAGACAUCCCCUUCGAAGCGCCUCAAAAUGCUGACGUCUCUGGCUUCCGCUGCCGCCAAAGUAACCUUCAAGAUCACGUUGACCUCCGACCCAAAGCUUCCCUUCCGUGUGAUGAGCGCGCCGGAGGAAGCGCCAUUCACCGCCGUGCUCAAGUAUGUCGCCGAAGAGUUCCGAGUGCCUUCUUCUACAAGUGCCAUUAUCACGAACGAUGGCAUGGGGAUCAAUCCAUCCCAAAGCGCGGGGAAUGUGUUUUUGAAACACGGGAGCGACCUGCGCCUCAUCCCUCGCGACCGCGUUGGCGGAAGCAAGUCACCUGCGCUGUAUUAA